AUUAAAUGCAUUUGUAUUUAUUAUAAAAUACUAAUUUUUAGUAUUUUAUUAUUAUAUAUUUUGCAAUACAAUGAAUGCUAGUAAAAUGUUUAGACUAACUAUUGGUUUACUAUUAUUGUCUAUUUCUAUUCAACUAAUAAUAUGUACUGGUUGUGGCAAUUAUGGUAGCGAUUGUAGCUAUGGUUCACCUUCAUGUUGUCCAGAUUUACAAUGUAUUGGUACAGGUGGUUUUUAUAAAUGUACAGGUUGUAGCAAAUCUGGUAGCGAUUGUGGUCAAGGUUCAGCAUCAUGUUGUCCAGGUUUAGAAUGUACUGGUUCAUAUCCAUUUUAUAGAUGUUCAGAAUGUAGUAAAUCGGGUAGCAAUUGUGGCCAAGGUUCAGCUUCAUGUUGUCCAGGUUUACAAUGUACUGGUUCAUAUCCUUUUUAUAGAUGUUCAUAAAAAUACGAUUAAAAGCUCAUGGAAAAAAAUUAUAUAAAACAAUUUAUAUAAAAUAAUAUUUUAUUCUUUUAGUACUAUUGUUUUUAAUUAAUUAUAAAUAAUUAAAUAAAUAAUAUUACUA